AUGGAUCCUGGCAGGAAUUAUCAAGCCAACCAUCCUCUGACGGAGCAGGAAAAGAAACAACAACAGUUUCGAUUGUUCCAAGAGUCGUUACCUAAAGUUAGUCAAUUAGCUUUUCAGAUGUUACUAAAUGAAAUAGUCCCUCAAGCAAUGGCAGUUGAGAACGAAUUGAAUGAUCUUAAUUCGCUUGAACAAACUGGAGAUCGAACUUCAGCAGUAGAAGGAGAAAGAAAAGGAGAAGGAGAAGCAGAAAAUAUCCCAAUUAACGAUUUAAGUCUUCAGGAAAAGGAAGUAAGUAGCUACAAUACAAAUCUUAAGAUACAGCCCUCACAUAAGUUGAUCAUGGAAUUGGCUGAAUUGGAGGAUGAGGAGAAAUACAACAAUAUUUUAAAACGGUUAAGAAAUAUAGGAUUUGAAAUGGGGAAGAAAAUGUGUGAAAUGCUGGUCUUCAGUAAUAACCCAAAUUUACAUUUUAAAGAAAUGGAUCUUUUAUUGAUUAUGAAAUUUAUUUGCCGUGACGUUUGGAAGCAACUUUACGAAAAGCCAAUUGAUAAUCUUAAAACUAAUCAUAGAGGAACAUUUUAUCUGAUAGACUAUAACUACAAACCCAUUCAGGCAUUCUCUUUGAGUGAAGAGGCUCCUGCCAAGGAACUUAAGAUGGUUGAGCCAUUUUUAGAAAUCCCUUUAGGGCUAAUUAAAGGUGUUUUGGCAUCAUUAGGGUACUCACCCGAGGAAGUAAUUUGUAUUUCAUCAUUUGUUGACAAGCCAGCUGACGAUCGUCCCAAAUAUGGGUUUCCCAAAGGUGUAAGUUUUCAUGUACAGGUUAACAUGAAACCAAAAUGA